GAACGGCAUGCUGGGAUAGAAGAUGUAAACAUCAACUGGCCCAGGAAAGGAGCUGCAGCUCCGAUACGGGAAGAUUUUAAUUCUCGGUACAUUUUUAAGACUUUUCUCGGUACAAAUCAUAGCAGGUCGUUACGCCGUAGAGGAAUGUAAUGUCCUCCCUCCCCCUGAAAAAAACGAAAGACCUCCUGUUGAAACCGCAGGACCAAUGAUCCCACUGCCGAGCUAGCUAGCCCGCGCUAAUAUGGAUAGCUCACUGGUUAGCUUCACGCUCACGUAAUUCUUUUCCCAAACCUACGUGUUUUCCUGAUUUCUAUUAAGAAGGAAAUUCGUCCUUUAUCAGUGCUGAAGAUGGGAGUGAAGACAUUUACCCACAAUUCAUCCAGCCACAGUCAAGAGCUAUUGGACAAGCUCAAUGCGCUGCGCAGUGAGGGCCACUUCUGCGAUGUUACUAUUCGUGUUCAGGGACAGCUAUUCUCUGCCCACAAGGUGGUGCUGGCUUGCUGCAGCGACUUCCUCAAAGCUAAGCUCUCAGGGAAGCCAAGCGACGAUGAGGCCAGCACAGAGGACAAUAAGGCAGUUUUGGACCUACACCAUGUUACUGUAGCGGGCUUUGCUCCACUGCUGGAAUACGCCUACACAUCCACACUGUCUAUCAGCACAGAGAACAUAAUUGACGUCCUGGCUGCUGCCAGCUACAUGCAGAUGUUUGCAGUGGCCAACACAUGCUCUGAGUUCAUGAAGUCCAGCAUCUUAUGGAACUCGUCCUCAGCUUCCAGCAACACCACAACUCUCCACCGGCCCCAGGAGGCUCCUGAAGGCACCACAACUUGCACUCUGACUCCACUGGAUGCCCUUUCACCCUCACCGGUGUCCUCAGAAUGCAGCGCACCUGAGCGGCCUGUGCCCAUUUGCCGCGAGUCACGCCGCAAACGCAAAGGCUUUGCCAGCCCACAACCAACUUCUUCCUCCUCACCGCAAGUCCCAAAUCCUUCACCUUCAUCAUCUUCCUUCCCUGAGAGCUCUGCCCAGACUUUGGAACCCUCCCUUGCUUUUUCUUGGACUUAUCCGUUUGGUGUAGACCGUCGGUUCACCUCAGAAAAGGCCAAGCUUCCUGAAGGGUUGCUAGAGUCUAGUGGAGCAUCUGGACAAGAUGGGAGCAGUCGGGCAUUGGUGGAGUACUUGUCUUGUGAGGGCCCUCGGGCAAUGGGUGUGGGUGGCACAGCCGUGGCAGAGGAAGAAGAGGAGGAUGUGCAAGUGAAAGUGGAGAGGCUAAGUGAUGAAGAGGCACACGAGGAGGCAUCACAGCCAGUCAGCGCCUCCCACAGCUCAUUGACUGACCAGCAAACUGUGCCUGGCAGUGAGCACACUCAGGAGGAUCUGCUCAUCAGCCCUCAGUCUUCAUCCAUUGGCUCCAUGGAUGAGGGGGUGACAGAGGGCCUUCAGUCCAUCCAGGGCACACCAAACACCACUGGCCACAUGGAGGAGGACGAAAGGCUGGAAAAUGUCCAGUACCCUUACCACCUGUACAUCAGCCCUUCUACGCGGCCGGGACUCAAUGGGCCUGAGCGGCCAUUCCAGUGCCCCACAUGUGGAGUUCGCUUUACUCGAAUCCAGAACCUUAAGCAGCACAUGCUCAUCCACUCUGGCAUUAAGCCGUUCCAGUGCGACCGAUGUGGGAAAAAGUUCACACGGGCCUACUCCCUAAAGAUGCACCGUCUGAAGCAUGAAGGUAAACGCUGUUUCCGGUGCCAGAUCUGUAGCGCCACAUUCACAUCCUUCGGUGAAUAUAAGCACCACAUGAGGGUGUCCCGCCACAUCAUCCGCAAGCCUCGGAUUUACGAGUGCAAAACGUGCGGCGCCAUGUUUACCAACUCCGGCAAUUUAAUCGUACACCUGAGGAGUCUGAACCAUGAGGCAUCAGAGCUAGCAAACUACUUCCAGACCAGUGAGUUCCUCCUCCCAGACUACUUGAGCCACAUGCAGGAGGAAGAGGAGGAGAACCUGGCCCAUUUUGAGAUGACCGAGCAAGCCUUCGACGUCACUGCCACCUCUUCCUCCUCUUCUUCCUCAGUGCAAACACCCGUCAUCUCACAGGUCUCCUCAACCAUGAACUACGACUCUCGACCCUCUGCCUCCAUGGCCCAGAAUUCACCAGGCUCCAGAGCAGGCCAUGGGAAUGAGGAGGGAACAGCAGGAGAGGAGGCAAAAAAUUCCAUAGCUGUCACCUCCUUACCAGACUCGGAGAAAGAGGAAAGGGAGAAAGAGGGCGAGGGACAUAACCAAAAGAAAGCACUUGUGUCGAUUACAAUCGAAUGAGAAGCAUUCCAUUUAAUUCUUUUGGAAUUUUUUUUUUUUUUUUUAAGAUCUUGUGGCCUGUAUCAGUAUAAUGCAAAAGAAAUAAAGUGAACACUGGACUCUGCGUGAAAAAUGCAAGUUGGAAUCCUUAUUCUAGUUGACUUUUUAAAUGCUUCAUAUGUAAUCGUGAGCAGUUCUUUAUUGGAAUGUUAUUCUUUUCGUUUGCUUUGUAAAGGAAAACAAGAUUAUAUGUUGUGAUUGUUUUAAAAAGUUGUUUAUUCUGAAAUUCAGACAUUGUAAACUUGAAAUGUUUAGACAUUGUUUUUAACUGUUCUGUAAUUGUUUUUUCUCCCUUGAAGCUUUAUCAGUUAAAUGAUGACCCUCUAUGAGGCCAUAUGUUGUCAAAGGAAUUUGUGAAUGAGUUAAAGCUGUGAGAUGAUUAUGCCUUCGCCUUAUUCAGUCAGGAUGGAUCAUGCUGGACAGAGAGUGGGAAAGUUUUUCCUCCAAAAUGACCUUUUUUCUUUUUCCCCCGUCUCUUAUACUUUUGAAGCAAUUUGUUUAGUCUCAUAAAGCAGAGCGCCUUAAUUGUAGCACACUGCUCUUCCUGGCCUGCAACCUAAACUAUUGAGGCUAACAAGCUGAAACGUGAAAGACUGUGUGUGCUACUACUUUUUCAUUCUUCUGCAGCAGAAGUUGUCCAGUAUGAUGUGCCAUGUAGCCUAAUUAGGUAAAAUAAGCUUAGACUCAAUUCAAAGGAUCCUUUAUUAAUGUCUCUUUGUGCAAAAGAGUAAAAUUAUCAGACUUUAUUGUGAUGUUAAGUAGACUGAGCAUUGCAUUUGGGGUAAAUAAGUUAACAAUCACACACCAACACCACCAAGCAUUCAGUUUAUUUUCUACUGUAUAUCACGCUGCUAGAUUUUAAGAGCUGUGCCUCAUAUGUAGAAACCAUUGGUUUAAAAAUUUCUAUUAAGACUUUCAAUAUAUUUAAGGUGGUUAAAAAAUGAGAGAUAAUGAUUUUUUUCUUCAGUGACUAUAAAUCUUUUUUUUUUAUUUUGCUGAGUAGUGCAAAACUGUUUCUCCACAACAGCAUGCAAAUAGGUACCUAAUACGUUUAAGGUAAAAUCUGUGAAAUAUGUCAUGACAAAAUGGUGAAACCUGUACGUAGCCCUUGCUCAAUUUGGUCAUUAGCAAAAAGUCUUUUUUUUUUUUUUUCCCCUUCAUAUUUGACAUUGCACAAGGCAAUCAUUUGGCCAAAAGCUGCUCCAUUCCAAUGUGAUGUUCUCAAUAAACCAGUUGUUUGGUAUGCAUUGUGCAAUAUCCACUUCUUAGAUGACACCCGUGUUUCCAAAUAUGGCUAAAGAAUGUGAUUAUUAUUAUUUAAUUUUAUAUAUAUAUAUAUAUAUAUAUAUAUAUAUAUAUCACAGAUGUUUAGCAGGAGGACACAAUUUAGCACAUUUUCAAGAAAUUGUAUUUCUUUUAAGGACUUUAGAAGCCUGUUGAACAUUAUUUCUGCAGUGCAGUUAAUUAACAAGAAAUGAAUCAAGAAAACAGAAUAUCACUAUAUAGGAUGUGGUGUCUGAUGGCGUCAUUUCAUCUUCCGAGUCAGUAUACCAAUGAAUACAUUUAGUGAAAUCUUGCUUCCUCUAUCUCACCAGGACUUUUGUGGUAGCUUGAAGCACCCGUGUCUUUAGUCUGAGUGUUUAUAGUGAUGCAUUUUUCCACUAUACAGUAUUGCCUUUUGUAUUCUUUCUGUGGUAUCUGCAUGUUGUCCCGGUCUAAAUGAAAUAAGAGGAAAAUUAAUAUAGCAUGGGUUGAUUUUAUUUGUUGGAUGUUUUGGAUGUGUGUGGAACUAAACUUUUUAUGUACAAUAUUCAAACUUCUGUGUCUAAAAUGUUUCAACAGAGAGAAAACUUGGUGUUUUGAUGGUCAUGAUACUCUUUCUGAUCCUGCGAUAUAAUACGAGUCACCUUAAAGUAAAAUUUUGUACAUUUCUUAUAGCAAUGUGAGUAUGAAUUGUUAUUUGACUUGAGCCUUGUAGUGUCUGCUUUUGUGACAAUGUCUUUAUGGUAUUUACUCAAACAUUUAUGGUUUUUGUUUGUUUGUUUUUCCGUAUCUUGUGCCUUGGAUAUUAAAUCUGUAGUAUAUUUUAAUGGCUAAAAACAUACAUUGAUAUGAAUUCAUACCAUUUUGUAGACAGAAUGCCGGUAGACUUAUGAUGUAGCUAGUGAUUGGAAAAAAAUAUUUUUGAAGUGCUAUACUGUUGGUUUAAUAUGUGUGCUUGUGUUUAUUUUGAUAAUGACAAAUGUAUCUUUAUUGUUUUGUACCUUUUUGGUGGUCCUUAUGCCAAGACAGAUUUGCUGAAUGAUGUUUUGUAAAGUCAGCAAGUUGCAAAUGAAAUUAAAUGGUUACAACCUAGCAC